UUUCUCUACGAGUCAUACUUUUGCCUUGUGCUUCAAGAUGACGUCACGACUGUGGGCCUCCGGCACCGCUGGCAGGCGCUGGGCGCUCGUCCGCUGCCCUUUGCCGACAACAAGGACGACGACGCUGGCGCAGCGAUUCCUCUCGACGUCUCGAGCCCAUAGACAGGAUGUCUUCCACUCCCAGCUGGAAAACCCAUCGUCCGCGGCCAUCUUCUCCUCGCUGCAGGCCUCCAAACACGUCCCGCAAACCCUGACGGAGAAGAUCGUUCAGAAGUACUCGGUCGGUCUGGCCCAGGACAAAUUCGUCAAGUCGGGGGACUAUGUCACCAUUUCGCCGCACCGCUGCAUGACCCAUGAUAACUCAUGGCCCGUGGCGCUCAAGUUCAUGUCGAUUGGCGCCUCGAAGCUGCACAAUCCCAACCAAAUCGUCAUGACUCUCGACCACGAUGUGCAGAACCAAAGCGACAAGAACCUGCAGAAGUACAAGCAGAUCGAGGAGUUUGCCAAGCUCCAUGGCGUCGAGUUUUAUCCCGCUGGUCGUGGUAUUGGUCAUCAGAUCAUGGUGGAAGACGGUUUUGCCUGGCCUGGAACGCUUGUGGUUGCCUCCGACAGCCACAGCAACAUGUAUGGCGGUGUGGGUUGUCUGGGUACUCCUAUUGUCCGUACCGAUGGUGCGAGUAUCUGGGCGACCGGCAAGACGUGGUGGCAGAUUCCUCCCGUUGCCAAGGUCACCUUCACCGGCGUCCUUCCCGUGGGAGUGACCGCGAAGGAUGUCAUUGUCGCUCUGUGUGGUCUGUUUGACAAAGAUGAUGUUCUGAACCAUGCCAUUGAGUUUUCAGGCUCUGCGGAGACGAUGCGGAGUCUACCCGUCGACGCCCGUUUGACCAUUGCCAACAUGACUACUGAGUGGGGGGCGCUCUCCGGACUGUUCCCCAUCGAUGAUGUACUGAAGGGCUGGCUGCGAGGCAAGGCGACCACCGCUGCCAUGGGCCUUGCCGAGGGACCUUUCAAGACGCUGGCUCCUCGCAACUUCACCCACCCGGCGCUGGAGAGCUUGUUUGAGAACCCCCUGACCGCUGACAAGGGUGCGAAAUAUGCCAAGGAAAUCUACCUUGAUCUCUCGACUCUCUCUCCCUACGUCGCAGGACCCAACUCGGUCAAAGUGGCCACCGCUCUGCCGGACCUGGAGAAGCUGGAUAUCAAGGUCAACAAGGCCUACCUGGUCUCUUGCACCAACUCGCGCGCCUCGGAUAUCGCGGCUGCAGCCAAGGUUUUCAAGGAUGCUGCCGAGAAGAACGGCGGAAAAAUCCCCAAGGUUGCCGAUGGCGUCAAAUUCUACAUUGCAGCAGCCUCUAUCCCGGAGCAACUGGCUGCGGAGGGAGCCGGUGACUGGCAGGUCCUGCUGGAGGCCGGUGCGACAACCUUGCCUGCCGGAUGCGGGCCGUGCAUUGGAAUGGGUCAGGGUCUACUUGAACCGGGUGAGGUCGGUAUCAGUGCGUCGAACCGGAACUUCAAGGGCCGCAUGGGCAGCACCGAUGCCAAGGCGUAUCUCGGCAGCCCCGAGGUUGUGGCUGCAAGUGCCCUGAAUGGUAAGAUCAGCGGACCGGGCUACUAUGAAGCUCCGGAGGGUUGGUCUGGUGUGGUGCGAGGCGAAGGUGACGGCAUCCGUGAGGAAGACCGCAUGCUUACCGCGGAAGAGGCUCUCGAGAAGGUCAUCGGUCAGCUGGAUGAUCUUGUCGCCGAUGGAGAGAAGCGGUUCGCCUCCGAGGAGCCUUCCGAGCCGGUCGUCGAAGAGAGCGAUGAGGCGCUGACGGAAGUGUACCCUGGAUUCCCCGAGCGCGUGUCCGGAGAGAUUGUCUUUUGCGACGCAGACAACAUCAAUACCGACGGUAUCUACCCCGGUAAAUACACCUAUCAGGACUACGUGCCCGUCGAGACUAUGGCGCAGGUGUGCAUGUCCAACUACGACCCGGAGUUCUCCACCAUCACAAAGGAGGGUGACAUCCUGGUGUCCGGCUACAACUUUGGCUGCGGCAGCUCCAGAGAACAAGCCGCAACCGCCAUUCUCGCCAAGAAGAUCCCUCUGGUCGUUGCCGGCAGCUUUGGUAACAUCUUCUCUCGCAACAGCAUCAAUAACGCUCUGAUGGGUCUCGAAGUCCCUCGCCUGAUCAGCCGACUCCGCGAGAGUUUCGGUUCGGGAGAUAGUCAGGGCAAGGCCCUUACGCGCCGCACGGGCUGGAAGUUGACGUGGGACGUCCGCCGCAGUCGCAUCGAGAUCCAGGAGGGCGAGAACGGGCCCAAGUGGACGCACAAGGUCGGCGAGCUCCCGCCCAACGUUCAAGAGAUCAUCGCCAAGGGUGGUCUAGAGAAGUGGGUGAAGAACGCAAUCGACGCAUGAGCAACUCACACAAGUCUGUACCAUUUAUUUCUAAAUUGACAUAUUGUAUAUAUACCCGAGCUGUUGGUCGGUGGUUUUCUUGGCUAUUUGAAUUGGUAGGAACAAAACUACAGGUCAAUUGAUUUGGAGCGAUUAGGCAACUGCACAAGAUCACGUUUUGAGUCUUAUUCUUCCCUAUAUGCUCAGGUCUCUUUGACAUUAUAUUACCUGAUGCAUCAAGGCCCAGUCCUUGAUUCGGUAUCUCGAUAUCUUUUAUGAGAGACGGUGUCACAACCUUUAUAUUUAGACUCUUCGUUUUUCAACCACAUCUUUCGGCCUCUCUUGACCUUGACUGCUGCUGGUCUUUAACUAAUAUAUACAUUGGUGGCCCUAACCAAACCACAAAGUAGAGGACCAGUACUCUGCACUACCGUUAUACCAACGGCAUC